AUGGAUAUUCCAGAUAAUGGGACGCCGGAUCUGGCCACCGUCUUGAAAACUCUCUCUUCAUUCAGCACUCCACAACCGGGCCAACCCCAGACGGCCAGUAAUUUGCAGCCAAGAGAUCAUCCUCACAUCCAAAGUGCACAUAGGAUACAUACACCCACUCAUACGAGCUUAAUUUCUUCAUCAAGUAGACAGGAGACUGGGUCUGUCCCUUCGAAUAAAAGUUCUGCUAGUCCGUCUGUAAUCACAGCAUGGCCUACCGCUCUUAAAUACGUGAUGAAAACCGUGGCUCAGAAUGAAACCGUGCAGUAUAGGAUUAGACGGCUGAUCGCCUCACAACAUGAACAUGAGAAAACUUGGUGGCAAGGGAGACAGAGACUCCUAGCGAAACAAAAAGCUCGGGCCGGAAACCAGAAGAAACUUGAUGAAGUCCUGCGAGCCGUCGGCGGCAAGGUCACGGAUAAACCACAUGAAUCUGCACCAGAAGAACAUGAACUCGAGAUCAAACGUUAUGACGAUAAAGUGUACAAGGCAUCUGUUGAAAUGUCCAAAGCUCUUCAUUUGGAGCUCAAGGCAAUGGGAAUCCCUUUCUUUGCGAUAAAAGAAGAGCUUAUUCGGCCUGCAUCACCAGACUCCGGCUCAAAGCCCGAAAAUAUAGAUAACAGCACUGAGAGGUGCAUUACCGCUGAGGAAGCAAAGGCACUCCAACUUCGUAUGUUGGAUCUGUUACAGGACCUUUGCAAGGAAUGA